UUGGGACCAAAAUAAUUUGAAUACCAAAAUAAUUUGAAUAAUGAAUAGAAAGAUGGGUUAUAUGUGUUCGGUCAUGUCAAUCGCUCUGAAACCCAAAUAGCAACGAAACACAAUUCUUCAAAGAAGCCCGCCACAUCCACUCUUUCAAUCCUGGAGAACUUUACAAAUGCAAUCGGGAGGUGAAUCACCUGUAAUUCCCUCCGUUUCGGAUUCAGAUUGGGACAAACCCUUCACACACCAAGAACUCGAAGCAAUCGAAGCCGCGUUUCAAUCCGCAACCUCCUCCUCAUCUCCGAUCAAGCGACGCCGCCGUUCUCCGAUUUGUAGCGAUGAGGACGACGGCGCUGGCUUUGACCGCCGCAAAAAUAUCCGUCGGUUGCCGGAUUCAAUCGCCGGUGGCUAUUGCUUAAAAAGUGAAAGCAAUUCGAUGCAAUUCCCGAAUUCAUUUUCUUUCGCGCGUUGUCGGCGAAAUCCACUCCGCAGUCUUUAUCACUCUUCCUCUAAGGUAUCAGCUAAGACUGCUAAGUUAACAAUGAGAUAUCCCACAUUGAAUUUUGGAGGUCAAAUCCUGUAUAGCAGAACAGUUGCUGAGGUAGAUAAAGCUGCAAAGGAGCUUUUAAAGUUUGUUGAAUUUAAGAAAAGUGAAGUGGGUCGGGCCGUUCUUGGAUUUGACAUUGAGUGGAGACCAACAUUCAGAAGAGGUGUUUCGCCCGGGAAGGCUGCGGUUUUGCAGAUAUGUGGGAACAAGAAUUUUUGUUACGUGAUGCACAUUAUUCAUUCAGGAGUUCCUCAGAGUUUGCAAUCUCUUCUCGAGGAUCCUUCAUCUGUGAAGGUUGGAGUGGGAAUUGGAAAUGAUGCUGUUAAGUUUUUUAAAGAUCAUAACGUAUCUGUGAAAGAUUUGGAAGACCUGUCUGCUCUAGCAAAUCAAAAGCUUGUUGGAGAUCCCAAGCAGUGGGGUCUAGGAUCACUGACUGAAAUGGUUAUCUGCAAACAGAUUCAGAAACCCAACAGAAUUAGACUGGGAAACUGGGAGGCUAAUGUUUUAUCACAGCAACAACUACAGUAUGCUGCCACAGAUGCUUUUGCUUCUUGGUUUCUAUACGAGGCGCUGAAGAGCCUCCCAGAUGCUGCUGUUAGCAAAAGUGAGGAACCGUUGGAAGCGACGCCACAAUGAUCUUGCUGCUAUCACCAUCAAUCUUUACCAUAUAUUUGGAUAAGAGCCAUCUUGAAAUUCCAGAGUACAAGACAUGUUCCUGAGUUUGUGAGUGAUUUCCUUCGGUUCCCUUCAAAGCAGUGACUGUAUCGGACUCCCAGGCCUUUCCUAGAAUGAAAUCCAAGCAAGUGGGAAUCUGUUUCCUUGCUCGAAUCUAUAAGAAGUUUUGGUAAAAGGAGGAAGACCCGCGACUUUGCCCUAAGCAUUUUCUUUUUUUAGCUUUGGAUCAGAGCAUUCUUCAGAUCCCCUUCAAAGUAAGCUCUUUAUCUUUUUAAUCCUCUUUGUAGAAGAAAUAUUUAUUGAAUGACAAUCUUAUGGGUAGAUGUUGUUUCAUGGGUUCGAAUCGUAAACGGGUUUACACGAUUAACCCGUUUAAUUAAUCGUGUCGUAUUUGGGUUGAGAGGUUCAACACGUUUAACUAUACAUGUUAUAAAUAAAUUUCUAUUUAAGUUUCAAAAUA